UGAUAUUAUGUGCUAAAGGUGUCCCAUCUUCCUCGCAGAACUUUAUAAAAAAUUUAUAAAGAUUUCAUUUUUAAAACUUGUUUUUUACAACUUAAAUUUAUUUGAAAUAGAAACAUAAUAAAAAAGUAAUUUUUCCCUUUUUUUACUUUGGCCAUUUUUUCAUUUCCAAAAUUUUCCAAAAUCUUAACAAUUGGACUAGGAAAUUUACCAAACAGUUAAAAUUAAAAAAAAAGAAAAGUAGUUAAGGCGUUAUCCACUGUAUUUUAUCAUGAUAUGCAUCAUUUUAUAUACACCAUUCGCAUACUGAUUCAUCUUUGCAACUAUAGUAGAUUUUUGUUGCGAAUUCUGUUUUUUGUGCACGUUUGUUACCUACACACACUUAGAGCAUUAAUAUUAAACGUAUUUUUUUUAUAUAUUUUGAACCUUAUGGUUCCAGAUGUGUCUUUUUUAAUAUGCAGCUUUGUGAGUUUUUAUGUCCUUGUGCAAGACACUAAACGGCAAUUGCUCCAACCCAGUGGCACAGUUGCACUACCAGCCCUACCAAAAACGACCAAGCCAUUGGAUCAGAAGAAAAAACACCCUAUAAGAUUUUGGCGAGUUUUUGUUUGUGUCGUACUGAUUGUAAUUAUUGUUAUUGCAGUAAUUAUAAUUCAUCUUACAUUUGGACGAAAGCCAUCAUUGGCACAAAGUAACACCCAGGAAGUGGCAGAACAACAACAACAAAUUGCAUAUGGAACUUUAAACAACCCAGCACUGUCUUGUCUGGAUCUUAAGAAUUCUACUGAAGUAACGACAGAUGGAUAUUACUAUUUAAAACCGCUGGGUACUCUUAUACCAUUUCAAGUCUAUUGUGAUAUGACAACUGCUGGCGGUGGGUGGACAUUAGUAGCAUCUGUUCAUGAGAAUGAUAUAGAUAGGAAAUGUUCAACAGGAGAUAUGUGGUUUAGUAAUGACCAACCAGAAUAUACAAUGUCCAGAAAUUGGGAAAAUAGAAAUACAUUUGGAAGGGUAGACCAAGCUACUUCAGCUGAUUAUAAAAACAUUGGAUAUUCGUCCAUGAAGGCAUCUAAUGUAAUGUUACGCCAUGUACCAAAUAAAACACCUGUCCCGAGAACAGCAGUGGAAGCUGGAUUACAAUAUCAUACCAGCAAUAAUUUCCUUGAAUCUCUUGGUGGUAAUCUGUUCUCUACAUACACUCAGCACUACCCCAUGAACCCAAAAACAUCAGUUGCAUACCCUCCUGUAUCUGACUUAGCUAAUGCAAUAGCUGCUCUUGCCCCCAAUAUAACUGCAGGGAUACCAGAUUUUUACAACUAUGAUUAUGGUUCAAGAAGUAACACAUUAAGAGAUGGUGGAAAUGGAACGUUUUCUACAUAUGGCAUGAAGAUUUCUUUUCAAUUUAGUGCUGGGCGCUCAAUACACUAUGAUCAGGAAUAUAAAUUUAUUGAUACUAAUACUGCGAUGACCAGCAGGAAAUCUCAUCCAUUUAUUCUUGUAGCUGCCAUAGAAAAUCACAAUUUUAAACGUUUUGGAUAUUAUCGGAUUCGAAGCCAAAGAGCUGAGGGAGAUCUGCUUAUGUCAUACAAUGGUAAAAUUACAGAUGGUAAUUUUGAGCUUCAAUACAGAGCUAGGUGUUUUUAUGGAAGAACUGUUCCAAGUGUUUGUGAUGUUGUAUUUGCAGUUAAUAAUACCAAGGAUUGGUUUUCAUCAACCACAUUUUAUUUGUCAGAUAGAAGUAUCAAGUCUUAUAGGUCUUUUCGGUAUGAUUGUUAUAUAUUUAAUUACGCAAGAAGAGUUAUGUUUGGAUACACAAUGCUUUCAAGAUCUAUGGGACUUCUUGUUACCCAACCUCAAAUGGAAACAGCCCUUAGAAAAAUUCUGCAACCAUUUAAAAACUACACCUGGCCAGGCCAAUGUGAGUCCAAUCAUCUAGUAGUACCGGUGACAUACACAACUGGUGAAUCUAACUUAAGCAACUUUGUCCCACCUUACAUGCAUUCUGCAACUACCACUGGAUUUUUACAGAUUCGUGCUGAAUCAUAUGAUGGAACUUAUUUUGCUAUGUGUCCUGCUGUUAGAUUAAACAACUGCGAUGGCCAAUUUGUUUGUAUUGGUGGUGUAAAAAAUGGUUAUUCGACGAGUAAUGCAUGCAAUGACUUAACUGAUUGGAAUGGUAUUGCAAACAAUCCAGAUAACCACAUCAGUAAAAAAUAUGCACACUCAAAAGCAGAUAUUAAAUCAACCAUCAUGAUCUUUUACCGUUGAAAACGUGUUUUCAUUUUUAUUAGCUUAUUUUCUUCCAAUUAAAUGUAAAUAUGUUUUAACUGUAAGCGUGU